UCCAAACAAAGCAAAUAUGUUAUGGAACAUGUAUUAUAAAAAGUUGAGGUUAUGCUGAACAAAUAAUGUUUAUAUAUUUUUAAUUAACGAAAAUAUGGGAAUUACGUUGCUACUUGUAGCUACUGCUUUGAGUUUUAUUAACGUACAUUCUAAUUUAAUCAGUAAACAGUUAUUAAAAUGGCUUAAUAGACCAUCGUUAAAAGAAAAACAACUACUUUCUAAAAAGAAUGAUUUGAAAACACAACAAAGUACGAUAAGUAUUACCGAAAAUUUUGUUAUAUACUCGAAAAUUCAAAGGCAGAUAAAUAAAAUAGAUGACGAACUAGGCGAAUGUAGAGUUGGAAAAAAUAGCCUUACAAUUCAUUUCGGAUUAACUUUCGGAAUAAAAUUUUUAUUUUCAGUAAUAUUGCUCAUGUUAUCUGUUUAUUUCAGAUCGACUCCAAUAAUAAUAUUGGAUAAAAAUAUUGAUUUAAUGCCAUUUAACUAUUUAAUUUCGUAUCCUAACAGUGGAAAUGCAGUGUCUUUUCACUUUUGGGUUAUGUGCAGUUCAGCUGUUGCAAACUUAAUUGAAUUAUAGCAAAUUAUUAAUAGUAAAUAUUUCGAAUGAUAUUUGAUCUUCAAAUUAAUAUUUUUGUAAAUUGAUGUGUGUUAGUAAUUUUAAAGACAUUAAAUAUUUUAAUGAUGUAUUGGUAGAAGUUUUGAUGCUUGUUAAGGUGAUUUUACGCGGACUUUUUGGAAAUAGAAUAUUUUCCUGAUUGUUUUUUCAUUUAUACUGGCUUUUCGUCAUAACUUAAUCCCCAUUAAUUCUAUAACUGAAAAAUUUUCUGUUUAAUACAAACAUUUUACGAAAUUAACUAAUUUAUUUCGUAAAAUGAAAUAUAUACAGGGUGGACUUAAUGAGACUUCGUUCUUUCAAAGGAAAUACAAGAUAUAUUAAUAUAUGCCUUAUAUUUUAUUUGUGUCCAGAAAUUUUAUUGGAAAUUAUUAUAAACACGUUUUUAUAUAUAGGUAUACAACGACGCGAGAAUCUACAAGUCAUAGUCAAAAAAAAUGAUUAAUCUCGAGUUUGAGUACCUAUGUCAUCUUUGACACAUGACAGAUAACAUUUUACAAAAUGAUAGCUUUGUUCGUUGGUCAAAUUCGGAAAUUAAAUUUACAAACUCGACAUACUUAAAUUCAUCUACAAUUGCUACGGCAUUAUAGAAGGUUAUCGGACUGAUAUUGUAUACAGCUGGAGACUUUUUCAACUUUCCUCCCAUCUAAAAUACUGCUCCUUACCUCUAUCCUCCAUAUUUUUGUAUCUCGUUCUGAUAUUAGAACACGAAUUUCAUCAAAUGUGCAGUCUAGUCUUACUAUUUCUAUGGUCUAAGUCUAAGUGUUGACACGUCAUCAGUCAUAUAUUAUUGACAGUAAAUAUAAACGUUAUGGCUAAUAUACCUAAAGCCGGUAUUUUUGACAAAUUAUAAAAUUAUUUUGUUAUGAAUUUUAUGAAAAUAUAAUAGAUUGAAAUCUCAUAAAAAUGUUUAUUGGUACAAUAUCUAUAUUGACUAAAUAUUGUUGUUACUCAUUUAACAGUAUUUUAAGAAUAUUUUUUGUUUUAUUACCACAAAAUCCACUUGUUUACAAAGUUUCAACCCUAUCAUUUACGUAUUUUGAAUUAAGACAUAAUUUUCUUCAAAAUUCUUUAUAAAAAUAACUCGGUUAAGUUUUGACUUCUUUCUGCAUACAUAUUAAUGUAUUUAGGUAAGUCAUCUAUGUUCAAUUGUAGUUUUUUUUAGUGGAGUAUAUCGUUUUUGUACUAAUUUUAAGGGCAUUAGCUACUCGAAAUAUGACAUAACCUAAAUAAAAAUAUUCAAUAACAUAUUAACUUCAUCUAUAUCACCUUUUGAACAGAUGAAAUAGAUUAAAAAGGUGUUCAUGCACAUUCAAAACUUUUCUGAGAAAAAAAUUUGUUUAAUGUAAUUCCAAAACGUUUAUAAUUUACACAAGGUUUUACGUAUUAUUAUAAUUUGUAAAAUAUGUAUUCUAAUGUUCCCGUGUCACAUCAUUUUAGACAUAAUUGAAAGGUCACAUGAUUAGAAGGUAUUCAUGUAUUGAAUCUCUACUUACCGAUAUGAAAUAAAAAGGUUAAUAAAGCUCUUGAAAGAACUGAUUUCAACAAUAAAUUGUACUUUAAUACAAAAAAUUCAUUAAAUAAUGCGUAAUAAUUUAUAAAAAAUUACAUAACCACAAAAUAUCCCAAAUCAACCUGAACGUUUAUCUGCCUGUCGAUUGUAACGUUAUCUCUUUUUAAUACCUUUACGUUAAUCACAAAGAAAUUGUUACAUAUGUCUGUGAUUGUUUCGGUAAAAAUGACAAAUGGUUGUAUUGAGUUACGCCCUUUUACUUUUAUUAGAAAGAGAUAGUACCAACACAGUAAUUCUUGGAUAAUAUCGUCACUUGUCAGUAUUAAGACUAUAUAAAGGAUGUCCCAUAAAAGACUGGGAGGAACUUAAAAAAAUUGUCGGUAUUUUAGAUUUUUGUGAAUAUUAAAUUUUUUGGUUAUUAAUUUUGGGGUAAUAAAAAAGCAUUUUUAAAAGUAA